AUGAUUGUAAGAAUUCAUUUAAACACUAUUAAAAUGGCUUAUGCUAUUUCUAAUAAAUUAGCUGCUAAUAAAAUCAGCAAACUCUCUUCAAGACUUAAAUAAAAAUAAACUGUAGAAGAUGUUCAUAAUUUAUAAGAUUUCUUAACUACUUAAAUUUAAGAGAGUAUAUCUAUUCAUUAUAUUUUUAGAUAAGCUUUAUAAUACAAUACAUAGAACUUCUAAAUAUGAUGAUGGUUUUGAUGAAUUUUUAUAAGAAUACAAAAAGAAGCAUAAAGAUAUUUUAGAUUUAACUCAUUAUGCAACAUCUCCAUUGAAUAAAACCAAUGAAUUAAGAGAAUAAGAAUUUAGAUAAUUAUAAGCAUUUCUUGAUAGAAGAAAGAAAGAAUUAAGACAUAAUAUUAUAGCUAAUGAUGAUAAAUCUAAAUAAGUAGUCUUAAGAAAGAGAGGAGAAGUAAAAUACGGAAGAAAUGUUAAUAGAUCAGGUUUUAAAAUUAAUGAUUAAUUCUUUACUAUUCUAAUAGAUAGAGAUACCAAUACUUAAGUAACGACUUUAUAAAGAAUUAAUUCAUUUAGAUAAUUAAUUUUUAUUGGAAAUGCAAAUGGUGUUAUAGGAUUUGGGUAUUAUAUUUAUAAUAUUUAAAUAAGAAAAGGGAAAGGUAAAGACUUUUAAACAGCCCUAACUAGAGCAAGAAUAGAUGCUAAAAGAAAUUUAGUACCUAUAAGUUUAGAUUUAUGGCAUACUUGUCCAAUUCCACUUACAGGAAGAUUUAAUGAUGCUGAGAUAGAAAUAAAUCCAAGACCAUUAGGUUUCAAUGCAUAUGGUAAUCCUUAAAUUGCAUCAAUGAUUAUGUUAACUGGAAUUCAUCAUUGUAGUUUCAAAGUUAGAUCUAGGAAUUAAGUUCCUUAUUCUUUACUUUAUGCAUUUAUGUAAGCUGUUACAGGGUAAUUACUUUCUCUUAGAUAUUCUUAGUAAUACUUCGGCUGAAGAAGUAAGUGAAGCUUGUGGUAUGAAAAUCUAUAGAUAAAAUUGGGGUAAAAAAAUUGGAAGAACUACUCCAUUAACAUUUGAUGGUAUUUGAGUUACUUUCCUUUAUAACAUUUUUAAUAUAUCUAUUAGACCG